GGCCAGCAGCACCGACGCGAUUGUCCAAUUGUUCGAUAGUAGUGUACUGCGUCGGUACUGUGAACGGUCGGGGAAUAAAAAAGUGAACACAAUAUUCUGGAAAAGCAUGGAAGUUCCCGCGAAGUGAUCGAAAAGCGUUGCAAAAACACCUCGCCACCGAUGUGCGUUCGGUGUCCUUAGUGUGCGAGAGAGUGUGUUUUCGGUUUUUGCCGAGUGCGGACGUUCCGGCUGGCUCGGGCAACCGCGUACCGUGUGCGCGAACAUCGUGAGCGUUAGCGUUGCUGACCGCGUACGGCAACAUGUCCGCCCUGAAACAAGUGAUGCAGGUCAUCGGCUCGCACCACAUAUCAAACCAGCUGCUUGAAUCCGAUUGCAACAAGUCUGGCGGUCUGAUUUCCAACGGCGAGUAUGCGUGGUUCGCCGCCGGGGCCGACAUCAUACUUUAUUCGAAACAGCUCGGGUCCGUUGUGUCGUCCCGGUCGUUUGCCACCAAUCAAAAGGACAAAUCGUUGACGAUAACCUUUGUUCAAGAAUUACAUAAAAGUGAAAAUCCACACAUUCUGUUAGUUGGAUGUUCAUGUAAAUCCUUUGGUAUAUUGUUUGUUUGCCAAUUGCCAACAUUAACGACCAUUCGCUGUAUUCAUAUGCCUAAUCCAAUAUCCUACAUUUCUACAAUAAAUAAUGAAUCACUUGCACAAGAUCAACUUUGUGAUGAGUUUAAAGUUAUGUCUACUGUACUGUUAGUUGGAAUGAUAACUGGAGCGGUUUUUGCAGUUGAUCUAAGACAACGUCACAUUGAAAACCAAUUACGAAGAAAUGAAAUAGUUGUAAAUGAAUCUAGGCCAAGCAAACUAUUCGUUAUACGAAAAAAUGAAGAUUGCCAAGAAGUUAAAGAGAUGAGUGAUGAUAGUGAUUGUCAUUUAGCAAUGUUUAUAAAUGAAAAUUUCUGUAUCUAUUGUAAAAAACAAUACCGUGGCAAACUGAGCUUCAGCAUAUCUAGUUUGUUGUAUAACGAAGAAAUCAAUACUGUUGCAAUUGGAUAUUCUACAGGCCACUUCCAACUAUGGGACUGUAAAAUGAUGCGGACAAUAUAUUUGUUAAAAGAGCCUAAAUGUGUUAUGCCAGUAACUCAUAUUACUUUUCUUGAGCCAUCAGAUGAUCCAAACAAUCUAUGUUAUCUUUGGGUUAUUCAAUCAGACAAUUCUAGACUUCCAAACGCAAUGAUGAUUGCUUUAACCUACGAACAGAGAACUGUGAUGUCAAAUGGCUGUUUGUCAUAUAGAGUAUACAAAGGAAAUGGCAUAAAAUUAGAAAUGUCUUUAAGAAGAGAAUCCGGAAUUGGUCGAUGCAUAUCUGCAUUAACUUUAUGUAAUGUGAACUUGUUCAGAAAUGAAACUGAUAUGGAUGAAGAUUGUGAAAUUAGAUUAUUUGCAAUGUUAAUGGAAAUUCGUCAAAAUGUAGAUGCUAGCCCUGAAUCUUACGUUUUUUUGUUUGAUAUUAACCAGUGGUAUAAAGCCCAGAUGCCAUCAAAUAUAAAUCAUCUUAAAGUAUCAAAUUCUUAUGCUAGUUUUGUGAAAUUGCCUCAUAAUGCCAGUUAUUUAGAUUUAAAUAUUUCUGACCAAACAUUGCGCCCAUUCGGUUACAAUUUUAGAAACAAUGUUGAAGAACUCUACUAUCCAUCUUCAAUAUAUUUUGAAUGUGAUUGUUUAUUAGACACAGAAAUUAUUAGAUUUAAACAUGCUGGUGUUCAACAAGAAAUUUUGGAUCAAUUGCUUUUAAAAAAUUGGAGGUUAUUAAUAAAUCCAAGUUUAAUAUUUAGCCAGUGUUUACAAACAAAUUUAAGACCUUUCUUUUGGGAUAAAACAGAUGAUUACGCAAAUUACAGCUUGCCUGAUCAAAGAAGUUUUGUAAUAUCAAUUAUAGUCGAAAACAAAAUUAUGUCGGUUCUUAGUGCGUGUGCAGAAGAAUGGAAAAAUGGAACCUAUGUAUCUAGUGAAGCAACAAUUUUACAUUUAGUUCAAUGUCUUUGGAAGCAUGUCAUGGUUGUAAAACAAUAUGCAGACAAAUUAUGUGUUCCUUUGUUUGACUAUUCUGGUACGCAAUUGGGUAAAAAAAAUGAAAGGAUAUUAAAUCAUUGUGUAUCUCAAAUGCUGUGUGUUAAACAUUUCUUGGAAGAUUUGCAUAAUGCAUAUGGUAUUCAUAUAAUAAAUGUUGACUAUUCUUAUCGUGUGUAUACACUAAAUUUGGUAACUCAAUAUUUUAAAGCGGUAACAUGUUUUCUUAACUAUGGACUUUUACCAGAAUCCAAUGAAGAAGACCCUACUCAGAAAAUCAUACAAUGUGAUUUUUCAUCUCUUAUUCAGUAUGCUAUUAAACGUCGAUUGGAAUUUGGAGGUUUAUCAUUAUAUCUUAUUGAUGCAUUUGUGUCUAAUGAACCUAAAGGAAAUAAAUUAAUUGAACAAUGGCAACAUGAAGGAGGUGAAGAGACUAAAGGCCUGUAUCCACCAUCUAAUGUCCAAUGCUUAUUAAGGAUUUAUUUAAAUGCUGCACUUUCUAACCAAGUCAAAGAUUUUAUUACAAUUUAUUUUUUGAUUGAUGUCUGUUCAUCACGAGAGAUUGAUGUAAUAACAGCAAAUCGUAUGUGUAAUUUUGCUAUUGAAUUUGAUAUUGAAAAUAAAGGAUUGAAUGCACUUUGUCGUGCUAGCUGGUUAUUAGAUCAUGACAUGUUUGGAGAAGCUAUGGAAAUCUUAGCCAGUAGUAAUGAAUGGAUGGUUAAUGAUAAAUCUUGGGAUUGGUAUCACUGGACUGUCUUAAAAUUACUUGUAUUUAAAGAACAAUAUUUUUGGGCACGGUUUUACAUGCAACUCACCAAAAUCAGUUUAGUCAACAUCGAUGAUCACAAGUUUUAUGUUAACUUGCAAAUCAUGAACAACCAAUGUUUUGAUACUUUAAUUUAUUUACGAGCAAGGCCCUUUAAAGAACAACAAACAUUGUUUGAAUAUUUCUUUGACCGAUGUAGAGAAACAAACAGGUUAAAAUGUUUGAUAGAGUAUCUCUGGGAUGCCGAGGAAGCAGAACUAUUUUUAUCUUAUUUGAAAAAGUUUGACGAUACAGAGACAUUAACUUUUCAAUUGUUAUUUUUGUUACAGCGAGGAAGACACAAGGAAGCUAUCAAACUAAAUCAAACAUUAAAAGCUAACCUUAAAUCAAAUAAUAAUGAUGCUCUGACAAUUACUAGUCUUUUAGUCGAUGGAUUUGAAAAAAGUAUUCCUAAUAUUAUGAAAAACAAUUAUGGCCGUCUUCCUCUUCAAAGUGUAUAUAAAAAACCAAACGUUGUUGUGAAAUGUAUGAACAAUGAGAGUAAAAUGUUUGUAAUGGAUAGGAAUAAAACAAAUAACUUGGUAAAAAGAAAGAGUGCAUCUUUUACACCAUCAAAUUCAAUUGAUCUUUUCUUACCAUCAAAUAAUAAUAUGAGGAAACGGUCACCUUUAGUUGAAUCACCUUCACCUUCAGAUAUGAUUUGUAAUGAAAAACGCAGAAAAAUCGAUGAUAAUUUAUUAAGUACUCCAAUCGCCGAUAAUGAAAUUGUAAAACCAAUCGAAAAACAAGUAUUAGAAAUACUCAAUACUCCUUUAGUUGAAAAAACCAUUGCAUCACCAUCUAUUACAAGCUACUCAUCAAUUUUAAAGACGAAACUUGCAACAAACAAACACAAAUUAUCGUUUAGUAAUGAUAAAACUCCAAGGUCUUCAAUAAGAUUUAGUCUACCUUGUAAUGCUGACACUACACCUGAAAGAGUUGAUCCUGAAGACGUGGUUAAUGUGCAACAUACUGAUAAUCCUGAAAAUGAAAGCUUUUACAGUGUUGAUAGCAGUGAUGCCAAUGAUUUACCAAAUCAAAUUUCUGAAGAAAAACCAUUAACUUCCCAGGAGUCACUCGAAGAUAGUUCUAAAUUGAAUAAGAGUGAUGAAUAUGAAAAAAUGGAUAUUUCUGAGGAUAAUUCAUGUUCUGGAAAUGAACAAAUUGAAAUAGAUGAUAUGUCUAAAAAUGAAACCAAAGAAGAAAAUAUGAUUUCAAUUCCAUCAGAUGAGGACUGUAUUAUGUUAACAUCUGAUGAUGAGGAUGAGGAUGUUGAACUAAUUGAAGUAUCAAAAUUAUCACCAAAAAAUACAAGUUUGUCUUUGAAAGAAGACAACACUCAACUUUUGACUCCAAAAUCAUAUCCAAUAGAUAUGAAGAAAAACUUAAAUCCGCAUUAUGCUACCUUGAUUCCUUUAGAUACCAAUAAUUACACUCCAAUUCCAAAUGUCCAAGAAGAUAUAAGUAAAACCGAAAAACCACUUAUUAAUAAAGUUUCUAUUGACUGUAGACUGGACACAAACUCCAAUGACCGGCUCCCAGUAAAAAAAAUGAAUGAUGAUAUUGAGUUAAUCUUGUUGGAUUCAGAUGAGGAUGAAAGUGACGUUUUAUCUGCAGGUUCAUCAGAUGGUGGCAGUAUUGAAGAAUCAGAUGGCAGUAUUGAAUCAGAGGGCAGUAUUAUGUCAGAAGACAGUGAUUUAGAAAACACAAGAUAUGGUAGAUUUAAAUCUCAAGAGAGACAAGGUGGUGAAGAUAGUAAUGAUGAGGAACUUGGAGAAUAUAUUGAAGAAGAAGAUGAUGAUGAUGAUGAUGAUGAUAUUGGAGAAGAUGAAAUCGAAGAGGAGAUUGGAGAAUGUGAAAUUGAAGAAGACGAAAUUGGAGAUAGCGAAAUUGAAGAAGACUGUGAAGAAGAAGUUGAAGAGUUAGACAUAUCCGAACAGUAUGAAGGAGACUCUGAAGAAUCUGAAAUAGAAGUAACCCCUAAACAAAGUGAAAACAUAUGGCGAAGAGAAGAUGAAAAUGAUUUAGAUCUACAUAGUGAAGGAAGUGAAGAAAGUAAUUUGGAACAACCUUGCAUGGCCAGCUUAGAACAACAAAAUGUUAAAUUUGAUGAAAAUGACAAAAAGAAAAAUCUAGAAACCUGCCGCUCAACAUAUAUUGGAUCUGGAAAUAAGGAUAAAAAAUAUGAUAAUGAUGAGGAUAACUCAGAACUUGUUAUAUAUAAUAAUUUAGAAGAUCAAGCAGACUUAAAAUGUGUUGAGAAUAAAGAAGAAUAUCAUGCAGAAAGUUUCGCAGACAAAUCAUAUGAUGAAAAUGAAGACAAUUUGGAAGACCCAGAUGAUGUAAGUGAUGAAAACCUUUCAGAGGAAUCAGAUAUCAUAAUUGAUGAUGAAAGUGACGAUAAUACUUCAGAAGAACCAGUUGUUGUACUUGAUAGUGAAAAUGAAGACAAUUUAGAAGUACAAAAUGCCAUGCUUGAUGAUGCAAAUGAAGAACCAAAUAGCAUACUUGUUGGCGACAAUGAUGACAAUUUAGAAGUACCCAAUGUCAUAAUUAAUGAUGAUACAAGUGGAAAAAACAGUGACGAAGAAAUACAUUCCAUACUUGAUGAUGAAAGUGAAGUAAGCAGUUCAGAGGAACCCGGUGUGUUACUGGUUGUGGGAAAUGAAGAAAACAGUUCAGAUGAACCAGGUGUCUUACUGAAUGUUGGAAGUGAAGAAAAAAGUUCAGAGGAACCAAGUGUCUUACUGGAUGUUGCAAGCGAAGAAAACAAUUCAGAAGUACUUGAUGAUGCAAUUGAACAAAACAGUUCUGAAGUGGCAAAUGUCAUACUCUAUGAUGAAAGUGCUGCAAAUAAUUUGAUAUUGUUAACAACUCUCAAAAAUGAGAAAUUAUCAGAAAAGAAUGAAUUAGUUGACAAUGAUAAAAUAGUAUAUCCCAUUGAUUCACAAUCCAGUUCAUUAGAAAAUCUUACUCCUAUUUUGUAUGACGUCAGUGAAGAAUCUCAUUCAAAUGAGAACAAUCAGAUAUGUGAUGAAGAAAAUGAAAAUGCUCAUAGUAUUAUAAUCGAAGAUGACAACACGAAUGAUUUAUGUGUGAAAAAAGACAAUGAUAAUGUUAUUGAAGUAGUUGAAAAUACAGAUAAAGUAAGUGAGCCUAUUAAUCUUGAUGACAUUGAACACAAUAAAGAUGAUGUAUGUAUUGACCAGAAUGAAGAGUAUAUGUCUCUUAAUAAUGAUAAUUCUUUUGAAAUGUCAAGAAGCGAAUCUAAUCCCAUACCUGAUGAUGGUUUUAAUCAUCUUACAAUGACUGGAGUUGAAGCAGAUCAGCUAGAAAUGGAUGUUAAUGAAUCUUCUCCGUUUAUGUUUGGGGAAUCAUUUUUUGGCCAACAAGAAAUUCCCGAGAAGAAGCCUAUGCUUCUGUUUGGCCAUUUAUAUAGUUUUGAAAAUGAACAAUUAGAUAAUGUAGAUGUACAAGCCAAUAAACUUGAAACACAAGAGUCAGUUGCAGUUGAGAAUGAAGUUGAUAUUACUAAUAAAGAAACAGAAGUUGAAAUACAGGGUGAAAUUCAAGAUAUAUUAGAGCUAGAAUCGUUACCUGAAAGUAAUCCAGACGACAAUUUUGAAACACAGAACAAUGCAGAUUCUAAUAAUUUACAACCACAGUUAAAAGAAUUUAACGAAACACUGAAUGACAAUGGACAAACUAUGUUAAGUGAUUCCCAUCUUCAAAAACCCAUUUAUUUUGGAAACAUUGAUUCCGUGGAAGUAUUUGAAAAGAAAGAGCAAACUCCAUGUACAAGUAUAGAUUUAUCAAAAAAAUCUCUUGAACUGGAAAAAAAAGAUUUGUCGAGUUAUGAAUGUUGUGACUUACUUACGAUCAAACAAACUAACCCAUCCUCACCAAAUGAAUCAGAAGGACAAAUUUAUAAAACAGAUAAGAUUCUAUCUAAUACAGUUGAUACACAUUCUGUAAAUACGAUGGAAUCUGAUGUAUCAUCUUGUGUCAUUGUAGAUGAAAAAACUUCUCCAAUAUCCCAAGGAAGCAUUACAACUGAACCAAUUGACAUCAUCAAUAAACAGGAUGCUGAUGAAGUUCAUUCUCAAUGUGAUAAUGAUCAGUUAAUAGAAAACCAAAAUAUCAAUACUAGCUCAAAUAAUGAAGAAAUAGAAUCACAUCAACUAGUCGAGUUGAACAAACAGGAUGCUGAAGAAGUUCAUUCUAAUUGUGCUACAUCUAUUGUGUCUUGUUCAUCAAACAUUGAUCAAUUUAAUGAUUUCAGUGAUAAUGAUAAUUUAUUAAAAAAACAAAAUAUUAAUGAAAACAUUAAUACUACCUUAAAUAAUGAAGAAAUAGAAUCACAUCAACUAAUCACGUCUGUACAAAAAUUAAUUGAAUUGGAUACAACUACAGUUAAAACUGUUGAUCUACAAUUCCCAGAUGCUUCUGGUAGUAUUCAAAAGGUUGCAAAUGAAAAUAAAACAAAUUUAGUUGAAAAUCUUGCAGAAUUAGAUAAAAGUCAUAAAAAAAGCACCCUGGAUAUUCCACAAAUUGAAAACUAUAGUCUGCGUUCAUCUUCUAGAAAAAGUAUUUCCAAAACAAAAGAUUGUUUAUUGGGUGUUCCUUCCACAACAGAACAAAUAUUAACUCGUAACAAAAAGAAAUUGUUAUCUGAUCCAAUUCAAGAAAAUAAAACAAGUAUGUCAUUUGAAAUUGAUGAAAUAAAAAAAGCCAAAUCGAUUCCACCAGUAGACACUAAUACAAUAACAACAAGAUCGAGAGCUAAAAGUGAACCCAAACAAGUACAAUUAGAAACCAUUUCUUCAAAUAUUUUCCGUAGUUCGGGAAUGGUUGAAGAUAACAGUAGACAAGUAAGGGUGUCAUUAUCGAGAAAAAGAUCAAAAAGCCAAGAAAACAUUCCAUUGAUAAAACGUAGAAGUGGGCGAUCAAAAUCUUUAGCUCCUAUAGAAGAAUCAGAAGUUACUAAUAGAAAAACUGUGUUUGGCUUAGAGAAAAUACCUGAAGAAGAAACUUCAAAUUUAGAUUCAAAUAUCAUAAAAACUGAACAUACAACAUUAAAAAGAAAAUCAAAAUUCAAUUUCUUAUCUAAUUCCUCAAAAAAAAUAGAACACGACAAUAUAAGCCUUAAGUGUCAACAAGAUAUAAAAAUAAGAACUCCACGAAGAUCUAAAUCCCUCCAACCAGACCCUGUCUUAACAUUUUCUGUUGUGAAAACAAAACCAAAACGAAGUUCAAGUGUAAAUAUAUUGAUUUCAGAUGAUGAAACUUCUACCGAUAAAGACGAUCUGAUGGGAGUUUUAAAAAAAGCAUUAAAUUCGUCAGAAAAAAUGAGAAAACGCUCGGUAUCAGAGUCGCUGAAGAGCAGAAAAAAACAAAAAAUCCAAAAUCAUGUUGAGGAAGAAAAAAAAGUAGUCGCUGAAUCUAAAUAUAAUUCUAAUGCGUUUAAUCAAAGUAAUCAAAAUUCUAAUUCCUCUUAUUCCUCUGAACAAUUAUCACCAAUUGCUGGGAACAUUUCUCAGCAUAUGUUGUAUACUCCAGCUAAAAAACGAACCAAAAUACGUAUGGUUAACAUGGAUUCUGAAAAUGAAGGUUCUUCUUCGGAUGAAUCAACAGAUUCUCAUCGCAUUAUGACAAGAUCAAUGAUUCAAAAUUCUAGCAUUGUAGAAUUAGAUCCUAUUCACAGUGCGAAGAGUGAAAUCAAACCAUCAGUUAAAUCAAAAGUACCCAUUAACAGGAGUAGAAGAUCAUCUGUUAGCAGCAUACCUGAAAUGAGAACUACAAGGAAAUCAGCUUCAUCUGUCUUUGAAAAGGAUGAAGCAUUAUUGCCUAAGCGCAAAACCAAAAAUAUUAAGGAAACAAUUGUUCAUGCGCCGAUAGAACCAUUAAUUGAAGCACCUUCUACUUCAGAAAGACGUAUGACACGUUUUCAACAAUCAAUAUUAGAUAAAUCAUUACAAUCCACAUCUGUUAUUGGACAAGACACGACAACUAAUAAAAUCACUGUGCCAAAACCAGAAAAGAGAAAAAAUCUGAAAAAAAACAAAUCUAAAAAAAUCUAAUAAUUACACUAAUAUAUUAGCAAAUAUCUCAAGAUUUAUUCUAAAUGUUAGUAAGAAUAAAUCUUUAUUUAUUAUCAAUAAUUAAUUAAAUAGUAAAGCAGAACCUUAAACUUGAAUUCUGGCAUAUGUUCUUAUUAUUCAAAUACAUAUUAAAAAUAUAAAUGUUAACAUUUCCCCUUAAUGUGAUCUUACUGCAGUGAGAUAAAAAAUUAAACCAAUUGUAUAAUUUCAAAAAUUGACUUUGAAUUUUAUUAUUAUAUUUAUAAUUAUGUAUGUUUGGUAAAAAAAUAAAUACAACUUUUUAGUAUCAUUGUCUAAUUUAAUCAUUUUUUUUUUUUGUAAAUUAUAGUUAUACUUUGAUUUUGUUAACUGUUCACAUCUCCAUUCUUACUUGUUUUUUUAAGAACAAAAUUGAAUCAAGUUAUUAAAUAUUAUUUAUUGUUUAUAAUUACAAUUUUAACAAUACUUUCCCAAAAGUUAUUAAUUAACCUGUUACAAUGAUAUAGUGUGUAUUCAAAUAUUCUUGUAGUUACAAUGAUAUUAUUUAAUUUGUUUAAAUAGUGAAUGUUAAUAAUCGGGAUGUAUUUAUGUUUAAAAUGAAUUAUAAUAUAAAUUAGAUUAUCCUUAUAUAAAAUCUAAAACUCUGAAAUAAUGAUACAAUUUUGUGUUACAUGAUUUUGAAAUUCAGUACUCAAAAUGUACUGAAUGUGUGUUAUUCUUAUUAAUUAUUAUAAUUGUAUAAUAUUAUAGCAUAUAUUUACCAACUGAUUAUUAAAUAAAUGAGCAGAUAAAGCAAAAAUGUAUACAACGUGAAUUAUUAAUAAAACAUGAAUUUCAAUUUAUUACUAUGAGUUUCAACUUCAUAUGUCCAUGAUGUAAUUAUUAAACAUUUGAUGUUCACUUUUAAUUGACUAAUUAUUUUAUUUUAUUUUUAACUAAUAAAGUAAAUUUAAGUAUAGUAUUGUAGGCUGCAGUAUUUAUAAAAAAGCAUAGGUGACCUAAUUAGCAACAAUUUUUAAAGAAUAAUUUUGAUUUAAAAUUUAGUUUUAGUGAUAUUUUCACAGUAAUUAAAACAUCAUUAUUUGUUUUAUCAAUUUAAAAAAGAAUCUAAAAUAUAAGGCUAUAACUGUUAUUAUACUAUCUUAUUUUACAUUAUAAUUUGCAUUUAAAUAAAUAUUAUUUUACCAUAAAAAUUAUGGAUUGUCGAUUUUGGUUAAAUUACUUCACUUAGCGAAAUACCCAUAAGUUAAUAAGAUUUUGCCGUAAACUGAGGAACUCUAUAAUCUAGAUAUACCUUUAUGUAGAGCUUUAUUUUUUUUGGUUAAUUUUUUCCUAGGCAAAAUGUGAUUGAACAACUUGAGUUGUAUAAAAAAAAGUUUUCCUUAUGAUAAAAUAUAAUUUUUUACAUAAUUCAGUUAAUAUUCAAGAGAAAAUACAUAAUUUAUUUUGAAUUUUAUGUUUAAAUAGUUACCUAUUUAAUAAGCGUUAUUUAUCAUUGUUUUGUGUUAGUAUUCCAACGUUACACAAUAUGUACAUAUGGUGGAUGAUAAGAGGGGCAGCAGGGCCUCACUUGGAGAUUUGAUAUUUACAAAAAAAUUAUAAUAAAUAGAACUUUUUUUAUAAGACCUUCAGAAUUCAACACCGUAUCCGCCACUGUAUGUAUAUAAUAGGUAUUUGUUAUUGUCAUUUAAGUUUUGAUUGUCAACUGUUAUCUGUUGAGUUUGCCUUAGUGCACAAUAAUAAACCUCAACAAUUGUAAAAAAAAUUUGAAUUUUAUUUUUAAUAUAAUUUUUUUGUUAUAAAAAAAAGCUGUAUAACAGACAAUUGUGUAUUUUAGAGAAUAAAACAGUUUA